AUGGACGGACCGACCGUACCGGUCGAUCCGGGAAGCGUACGCUUUCCCUCGGCCAAUUUCACGUUCGACCGAGAACUCGGCCGACCGUACCGCACGAUGGGACGAAAACCAUCGACCAAAUUCUCUCGGCCAAGGUACCCAAUGGCAAGGACAAAAGGAAGUGAGACCAUGAAGAAGAAAGAUCCAUUCAUGCAACCACCAAGGAAACAAAUCAAGCUAGGGAGCAGCAACACCACCCUCACCACAUUCCAUUGA